CGACUGUAUUUAUACUAUCCGUGGAGUGGAAAAACGUCAUUAAUUAUGUCAAUGGCGAGUUAUAAGCUCCAUUGUGGAUCACACAAUCAGGCGAAGCAGAUACUUCUUAUGCAAUUAGUCGCCGGUGUUGUUAUUCCUAAAUGUGUAUGUUGUUCCAGAUUCUGAAAAUUGAUGUUAUUAACGCCAAAUGAGGUAAAAAUGAUGCAACAUUCUCAAUGCUUCCGGUAACUUGCAUCACGGUAUAUCUAUCAGAUGAAAUAUCCUUCAUUAUCUCAUUCGAUAAUUUUCUCGGCAAUGACUUUAUGUAUGUCAUCAUAUAUGACGUUAAUUCCUGCUAUCUAUGCUGACUUCCUAUUAAAGGUUUGAGUCGAAUGAAAAUAAUUCAAUGCACCUAUACUAGACAGCUUGUUAAGCCAAAAUAUUCUAAUGGACAAUAUUUCGCUUAUGAAUGAUGACAUCAUGAAAAGAUUAGUUUAGUAAGCAACCAUCAUGACGGAAAUGCGUGCGGUAGUAGUAGAUACACCAAAUGAAAUAGCAAAAUCAAACAACGAUUUAAAAUUAUCAACAAUUCCUAAGCCAACGAUAAAAUCAGGCGAAGUUCUCGUAAAAAUCGUUGCAUUCGGUGUCAACAGGAUGGAUCUCCUGCAAGCCAGAGGUCUCUAUCCAUUACCACCGCAAGCGCCAAAAACAUUAGGUGUUGAAUUCUCGGGUGUGAUUGUCGACGUCUCUGAGAACUCAAGCUGGAAAAUUGAUCAGGAGGUUUUUGGAUUGGCAUAUGGAGGUGCAUAUGCGGAAUAUAUAGCGGCUGAUCAAAAUAUGAUCCUAGAAAAACCGGACUACCUUACUCAUAUCCAAGCAGCCGGUAUAUGCGAGAACUACUUAACUGCCCACCAAGCAAUCAAGACUAUUGGAAAAAUUAAGCCAGGAAGCGAUGUACUUAUACAUGCAGGUGCAUCUGGUGUAGGUAUGGCUGCUAUCCAACUCGCUAGACAUUACGGCGCUAAAAAUGUAUUCACUACUGCAGGAUCAGAUGACAAAUUGAACACCACAAAGAGUCUUCCUUUAGGUGCCACGCAUGGUGUGAACUAUCGUACUCAAAAAUUCGAUGAAGAGGUACUCAAAGCUACGCAAAACAAAGGUGUUGAUAUCAUUGUUGACAUGGUCGGUCAGUCUUAUUUCAAUGCUAAUAUCAACGCACUCGCUAAGGAUGGACAUAUGAUUAUGCUUGGUGUUUUGAGUGGAAUGGUAGCCAAAGAGGUAAACAUCGGACCUAUUAUCUUUAAGAGACUGCACAUUGAGGGAUCAACAUUGCGUUCUCGUCCUGCAGAAUAUCAAGGCGGUCUUCUCAAGGACUUCAAAAAUUGCGCUCUCGCAGAAGUUGGCAAGACGUUCGAUUUGAAAAUUCAUAAGGUAUUCAAGUGGACCGAUAUUGCGGCUGCGCAUGAUUGUAUGUCAAACAACGAAAAUACAGGUAAAAUUGUUGUCACUGUUGAUUAAGUUAUUUCUAUUGUAGAUUUCAAAAUCCGAGAUGAAUUAUAAGCAAUAACACUUAAGUUGGAUGUAAAAUAUUAUAAAGAUUUUAUUUGGC